AUGUCAAGGAAAAGGAGAACCGAAAUGAAUGAAAACAAUUCCAGUGAGCAUUCAGCUGGGCCACUAGGUGUAACUAGAACAAUAGUCACUUGUAAGCGAUGCCGAAUAAAAAAAACUAAGUGUGAUCAAAAGUUUCCCAAAUGUGGACGAUGUGCCAGGUUCGGUGCUGAAUGUAUCGGUGUCGAUCCUGCCACAGGUCGAAAUAUUCCAAGAUCCUAUAUCGUGUAUUUAGAAGAGCGGGUAAAAGUCCUGGAAACCCAAUUAAGGUCUGCCGGCAUUGAACCGACAACUAUCAACCAAGAACCCUCCGGAUUAAAUGAAAACGACCAACCAUUGACAAGUUCUAAUGAUAAGCAACCUCAGUGUAAUUCUACGAAUGAGGAAGUGCCUAAGCUCCAAAUACCGACAUCUACCGCAGGCACAGCUGUCAAUGGGAGUAUAAAAGAAACAACUGGAAUAUCUUUUGGCAGUUUGAUGCGAACUGCUGUAAGUCUUCAAUCCGACACAAAAGAAACUGCCCACUCAAUAGCAAUGAACCCUUGUGCCAGCGGAUCAAAACGUAGGGAUUCAGAAGUUGAUCCAACUCUUUUGCCAACGAAAGAAGAUGCAGAAAGGUUUCUCGAAAUAUAUUUUGCACAAUCUAAUUCGCAGUUACCAAUACUACACAGAGAACAGUUUGUGAUUAGAUAUUUUGAGCCGGUAUACGGAUCUCUAUCUCCCAAUGUCAAUCUUGCUUCCAAAUAUACUUCAAUUAAUCAAAAAGUUGUAGACAGCAGGAUCCCUCCUACUCAAACUUGGUAUAGUGAGUAUAAAAAGCAGUUGCAAACAAAGUUAAAGGAAACAAGUGGUGAAAUUUCUCCCGAAGAAGUGGCUGAAACGAUUCAGCCACCCCAGAGAGUUAGGAAAGCGCUAUAUUUUCUUAAUAUAGUAUUUGCUAUUGCAUCUUCAGUACAUCUUUUACAGUAUAAAAGUGAAACCUCUGCUAAAUUUAAAACAAGUGCACUGUUUCACAUUGAUCAUGUCUACGGCAGUUCUGAUCGAUUAGAAUCACUCCAAGGACUUUUACUGCUUACCAUUUAUUCACUAAUGAGACCUGCAACUCCGGGUGUAUGGUAUGUGUUAGGAAGCGCUCUUCGACUGUCAUCUGAACUUGGUCUACAUAACGAAAACUACUUGAAAAACGAUGAAUUUGAUGUCUUCACCAUGGACAUGAGACGACGGCUUUUCUGGUGCGUAUACUCGCUGGAUAGACAGAUAUGCUUUUAUUUGGGAAGGCCAUUUGGUAUCCCUGAAUCCAGCAUUUCAACUGAACUUUUCUCUGAGCUCGACGAUGCAUUGAUUGUACAAGAAUCUUCAGUUGAAGAGUAUUCUAAGAGUGCCAGCGGACUUUCCAGUUACAAAUCCGUCUCGCUGGCCAUCAUUCAAGUAAGAAAACUGCAAGCGGAGAUUCAAGAAAUCUUGUAUUAUAAAGCAGAACUUCCUAGAAAGUUUCCCACUUUGCAAGAAUGGAAAGAUGAUGUUCAUACGAGGUUAGAAAAUUGGAAAAAGAUCGUGCCCAAGACUCAACGAAGAAUGAACUGCGACUUCAAGGUUGUCUUUUUCACCCUUAACUACCAUCAUACUAUGCUAGCGUUAUAUGGCUUCUCGAUGUUGAACUCAAAGUUUGCUGUAAAUGAUUACUUUCAAAUAUUUAAAUCAUCAAGAGGAAUCAUUGAAUGCUAUAAGGAACUUCUUGAUAGUAGGACAAUUAACUAUACAUGGGCCGGGGUGCACAACUUAUUCAUGGGCGGUGUAUCUUUCUUAUACGCCCUAUAUCAUUCGUCAGAAGUAUGUUCCAAAACUUCCCUGGAGGAAAUCCAACAAAUUUCACAAGACUGUGCCCAUAUUCUUAACUCGUUGCGUGCAAGUUGUGAUGCGGCUCUUCCAUGCCUCAAAAUUUUUGAGAUUCUGACGGCUGCAGCCAUACGGCUACGAUUUACUAAACAUAUAAUGAAAAUGCAACAAGGAACAUCUGUGCUUGACGAACUGAAAAUAUGGGAGGGAGCUCCGCGCAUAUCUAAUACCUUUUAUGAUCGUUUGAACUCAGGACUAAUUCCACAGUUUCAGUCGUCGCAAUUCGAAUGGUUUACUGAUGAAAUUGACCUCAAUAGAUUUUUUCAGCACCUGUAUGAAGCCUCCUCAAGUAGUUUGUCUUCAAAUUUCGCUUCACAGAAUCUGGAGCCCAAAACUGAAAAUUGUGCAACACCAAUCGAUUGUUUGAACAAAAAAGACUCAUCUCCAGUUGCAUUCUUAUCAUUUCCAGGGACACCUGAAGACGUGCUUGCCCUCGAUAGUGAGACGUUUUAUACGGAAUGUCAGGACCAGGCAGAUUCCGGAGCGAUGUAUAAGAUGAUCUCACAAGUUCCCUCAGAGUUCAUUUGGGAACAGUUUUUCGCAACACCACCCUAA